UCUGAGACUGAUUACAUCUUUCCGAAAACAAACCGUCAAAAAAGACUUGUUUAUUUUUGCAGGUGCAUAAGAAGUUUAAACAAAGGCUGGGGCUUAGUCUACACCUAUAGCUAAAAGGACGCAGCGCAGCGCUCAGGGAUCAGACCGGAUAAAGAGGAGCGCUGUGUUCUGUUGUACCAUUUGAUCAAUCAGCUUUAAUCUUGAUAAGAUGAGAAUCAUUCGCCGUUCAUUAGGCAUCUGCCUGUGGUGCCAGGUGAUGUUGGUCGUGCCCUUGGUCCUCCUUUUGGUACAGAGGCCCAAGCUGAUGCCUCUGUUUGAGAAAAGCAAAGAAGGAUGCAGAAGAGUAGAUACUAAUUCAGACCAACUUAACGUUACCGAAUCCCAUACAACAAAAGAUGUCGACGGGGAAUCUGAAACAAGAGCACCCGUUCCAUCUCAUACAAACAGAACUAAGGCACCAAGCAAGCCAUUUAUUCACCCCAGCAAGCCCUUCAGUAGCCCCAGCAAAAGGCCCUUAAGGGCAGACGACUUUGAAGCCGAGCCGAAGUGGAGUUUUGAUGACGACUAUAAAAUGGAUCCCUUUUCUUCAAACACUAGUUGUCCCAGCUCAGUGACGUCAAAUGCUCGACAUUCAGAUUGGCUAUCGCCCAUUUUCCUUCCGAAAAUCAAAAUUUUUAUGGACAAUAGUGAUUUCAGCAACGAGAUAUGGGAUAGACUUCAGCACUUCAUACCUCCAUUUGGUUGGAUGGAAUUAAAUUAUACAGUGGUUAAGGACGUGGUCUCGGCUCUCCCUCCUUUGCCUGACCAGCAAAUCCUUCAGGCUGCCCAGAAGCCACAAGACCCCCAAUGUUUCAGCUGUGCCGUAGUGGGGAAUGGAGGAAUCCUGAAUGGAUCCGGUGUUGGCAGAGAGAUUGACUCUCAUGCGUAUGUGUUUCGAGUGAAUGGGGCAGUAAUCAAGGGAUUUGAGGAUGACGUUGGCUCCCGCACUUCAUUUUAUGGAUUCACUGCCUACACCAUGCUUGCCUCUCUGAGUGAUACUCAGCUAAAGAAAAGAGGAUUCUCCAAAAUUCCCAAGGACAAUGAGACAAGGUACAUCCUAUUCGCUGAGGCACCAAGAGACUAUGCAUGGUUAGAUGCUCUGCAGAAGAAUAAAGAUAUCAUCAAGGGAACCCUGGAGAAUUACAGGAAACACCCCCGUGAUGAUUUUGGAGAUUCCUUUGACCCAAAGAAGCUAUUCGUUUCUCAUCCGGACUUUAUGAGAUAUCUGAAAAACAGGUUUGCACACGGAGACAUCCUGAAAACGCACCGUUGGAUGGCCUAUAGGCCCAGUACGGGCGCACUACUACUGCUAACCGCUCUCCAUCUGUGUGACAAGGUCAGCGCCUAUGGAUUUAUGACGGACGAUUUCUACAAGUAUUCUGAUCACUAUUAUGAUGUGAAAAGUUCACCUAUCAAGUUUUACGCUAACCACGACUUCAGGCUAGAGAAACACUUGUGGAAACACCUGCACAGGGAGAACAUUAUAAAACUCUACCAGCGGAGAUAGAAAAGAAAUGUUCAUAUGUUUACCGGCUCCUCGGGGGCAGGGCGUGCCGUUGUUCCUCGGGGGUGGGACCUGUUCAUUUAGGAGCUGACAGAAAAUGGAGAUAAAAACAUUUCCAGUAGCUAUAAGAACUUGAGAAGAAAGAAGGAACUAGAGAGACUUUUCAGAGGUGAAGGAAGAUUUAUUUUAUUCUGUAAUUUAUGACUUUUUUUAGUGCAGAGGUUUGUUUAUACAGAGCUCAUCAGCUCCCUUGGCACAAAUCCUUAUUUUCCCAAUUGUUCUGCACUUAUGGAAAAUGUUUUUUUUUUAUUGAAUUCAAUCCCCACACCCCCACACCUAUCAACGGGGUAUUAUUUUUUUAAUGAAAUGAAUAGACAGAAUACAUUUUCAACCAAUUUAUUAGAUUAUUUGUACAGGUGUAUUUAGGUGCACACUACCCCUUUAUAUAUAUAGUUUUAAUCAUGUAAAGCUUCAUUGCCUCCGUUCCACCCCCCCCAUAUCCCAUCCUCCCCGUGGGACAAUCUAGUUGAGAAGUUGCUAAGUGAUCUUCUAAAGAACGGCAUUCAGUGUAGUUGGAAAGGAAUGUCCCAUUCCCUUAGCCCUGCUGGGGCAGAGGGUUAAUGGAAAAAUCUCUUUCACCCGCUUUAUAAUUUAUUCUCCCCCCUCCGCUCCCCUUAUUCACUCCUUCCCUCUCUCCUCCUGCUUUCAGUAUUCUUCAUCAACUUUCAUUUUCUACUUUAUUUUCUAUUUUACUUUUCCUUUCCAUGACAAGAGUUGCAGAUGAUUCUAAAGCCAAUUUAGUUUUGUUGCCUAUGAGAGUGUAGAUAUAAAGUUAAGGAAAGGCCACGAUAGGCAAUUGCCACGGGCCUCAACAUCAGACAGGGGCCAAGUGAGGGGGGGAAAUGUAGAUGAAAUUACUAAGGACAUUAUAGGGCUCAUUGGCUAAUACAGCUGCAAGUGGCUCACCCUUAAUUGUAUUGUGAAUUGAUGAAAAUCCAAAAGUCCAAACAUUCCUUGAACUAUUUUGUACCAAGUGUAAUUUGGCACCCAAAUGGCUUUCCGAUGAAUCACAAACAAGGGGCCCUGAGCAUGGCGGUCAUUCCAGCCACGUUUCCACUGCAGGCUGCAUCAGUAUGUGCAGCACUCUCGCACCCAAUGAAUCGUGCAAAAGUCAAUGACAGAUAUUAUGCUAUGCUCACUCUGAUGACUGUCAGCUCAAUGGCAUCCUACCACACUGCAGGCAGUUGUGCUGGAUGUAAUUAUUGGGGGAAAAAAACCUCUGCAUUGUGGGUAAAACAUGGCCAAUUAUGUCACUUUGCACACUGCAGUUGGGUUAGUCAAUUAGUCUAUAUGUACCCUUCAGCAAAAAAAAUGGAGGAACACUCCCUGGGCCACUCACUAUCUGCUUAGGCUGCUCUAGUUUUUGGUAAAGGUAGGAGUAGGGUUGGGAGAGGGAACAACGACAUAGAAACCCCCCAGUCCGUGCCCCCUUAUCACCCAGGCAGUAAAAAGUGGGCAUGGUGGGCACGGUAAGAUCUGCUCGCUUGGGGAGGUCGCCAAGUAAGUGGAUCUUCUCCCAAUAUCCCCCACCUACGGGUGGGUGAUAUUGGGGUAAUUCGGUCAUUUAGCCCUGGGGCCAAACAAUCAUAAUUAGAACAAUGGUUACAGUGGCCGUAGUUACGCUUCAAUGAGCCAAUGCGGUCCCCGAUCUGACGGAAUAUCAAACCUGCCCGAUCGAGAUC